AUGAGUUCCGAAAGUAGUGAAGACGAAUACAAUCCAAGCGUUGCUAGAGAAAAUAGAACUGCAAGAAAAUCAGUUUCUCAACCGGCUUCACAAACGUACGUAACUAGAAGACAAGCAGCCAGAAAUGCUAAUAAAUUAUUAAAAGCCAAUUCUGAUUUGUUUAUGGCAAAUUUCAAUCCGGAAACCAGCACUAGAGAAAAAAGAAAAUUAAACAGAAAAAUAAAUCCGCCCAGUAACGUACGCAGACCAUCGGGAGCUUUGUAUGAUGAAAAUGGUAUACACAUACAGACAGGAGUGGAUUUGUGUGAUUGUCUGAGUGAAGAUUGCCCGGGGUGUUUCUUCGAAUGUUCCAAAUGCGGAUCACAAAAAUGUGGUACUGACUGUAGAGUACAUAGAAAAUAUAUGGUAGAACAAAUCGAAUAUCAUGGGUACGAUCACAUUAUCAAGAAUCCUUUUAUAAAACAUUAGAUAAUAGCAAAACGCAAUUGUAGAUUACGUUCUAAAUUAUACUGAAGCCUAAUUUAAUAGUAUUUAAAAUUCUUUUUAUAUGAUACUUUAUUGAUUAUUAUUGAUCAUGUACACUCGUAAUUUUUCAUUAUUAAAGAUUAUUAUUUUCUAAUUUAAA